UCGAGCCCUCCCGCUUCUCCUGGUCGGGGACGCGCGGGCGAGACGAGGCGCCAAAUGCAGUGACUAUGCUGGCAUCAUAUUCGUUCGGCGUCGGCGCCGUCCGGCAUUCUCCUCCUGUCCGUCGCCGUCCUUACCAGUCAACCUCUCCUCAACGUCCCUUCCCUUUCAGCGAUCCCCGACCACCUUCUUCCUUGUCCCUCUUCUUCCGUCCAUCAUUGCGAACGGAGAUGCCGCCGCUCCCCAGCUGCCGAGCAGCGAGAUCCUACUCCGAUUUGACGCGUGGGGAUGAUUGGACUUUGAUCUGGCUGAUCCUUAGAAACGCCCUCGUCGUCCUCGUGUUCGCCUCUUCUCUGGCCGUCCUUCGCCUUCUUUUCUCCGUCGUUCCCUCCAAUUUCGGGAGCCGAUGGGAGGCCCUGGUUCGGGAGGAGGCGACGUGCGCUGACGCCUGGGACGUCCCUCCGUACGUUUGGCAGGCGGUGGUGGCAUCAGAGGACCGCCGGUUUUUCCAGCAUCGGGGCGUCGACCCGAGGGGGAUUGCGCGCGCCGUGUUCUCGCUCGCGACGAACGGAGGCGGCAGCACCAUCACCCAACAGCUCGUGAAGAAUGUACUCCUGCGAAGCGAGUGCAGAUGGGCGAGAAAAGUUGUGGAAGGACUGGUUUCUCUUUGUUUGGAAAAGAAAAUGUCAAAGUGGCAAAUCCUAUCGGCUUACUUGAGGAAGAUAUAUUGGGGGCAUGGGGUGUAUGGAAUUAAUUCAGCGUCUGCCUUUUACUUUGGGAAGCGCCCAACUUCACUCAGUUUGGGUGAGUCUGCUCUUUUGGCUGGCAUCAUACCUUCGCCUGAAAUUCUGUCACCUUUUAAAGACCUGAGCAGAGGGAAAAGAUCUCAGGCUAGAGCAUUGAGAAGAAUGGUGGAAGCAGGUUAUCUUGAUGUGGAGACAGCACUAUGGGUUAUUAAGCAACCUAUUUAUCUUCACAAUGAUGAACCAAAUCAGGGAACUGUAAAAGUGGCAAAUGAACAACUUACAUGGAAGGAUGUUUGGGAUUGGGAGAAGGAAAGCAGCAUGUGGGAAGUAAAAGAGCAAAUGGAAACAUGGGUGCAGAAACGUCGGGAGCACAUGAGCAGAAUUUGUACUGUGGGAAAUGGAUUAGAGUCUCUGUUCAAAUUGGUUAACUUAUCUAAGUGAAUGUUGCAGCAUCGGUCGCUUCUACAUGUUCAGGACUACCUAAAAUGAAGGUCCUUCGACUAACAUUAAGUGGCGGUGCAGCUUAUUUCUUGCCAUGACGAUUUCUGCUUGUGUGACAAAAGGUAACGUGGUUGAUUCUGCUUGAAGAACCGUACUGAAGUCGUUGCCUGUUCAUCUGAGGCUUGUACAGCAAAUACGGUAGCACUUGCUCCCUGUGGGCUUAGCCACUUGCCACCCUUCCCAAUUGUAUUGGACGUCUUUUCCAAUAAAAUUGGAACGAUACACUGAGUUACGGAGCGAUGUUGGAAGGCUUGCCCUCCACAAAAAGGAAAUUGUAAUUUAUACAUUCAUCAGUUUAGUAAUGCUGGUCUUUGUUGUAGUUA